AUUAAUUUUAAACAGUCUUCUGCCUUUCUUAAAGCUGUUAUUGCCUGGUUUCCGUAUUUCUCUCCAUUGUUUCUCCAAGUGAAUUUGGGGAAGGAGGCAGAAACCCUGGUAAUUUACCACAUUGGCAGGAAUCAGAAUUCUCCCCCAUGUUAUUUGUCUUCACAGGAGGUCUCAGCAUGAGACGGCAGCACUGGUGUGGGAUGACUGCCAAAAUGGGCUCCAUGUUAUCAGGGGUCUUUACCAUCAUGGCCAUCGACUUGUACCUCAUCUUCGAACAGAAGUACUUAAGGAGAAGCAAUUGCACUGAGCUUACCCCACAGACCAAGAGUACAAGUAUCCUGAUAAAACAGUUCAUGAUCUGCUGGAGUUUGACUAUCGUCUUCUUCCUAUCUUUCAUCACCAUCAUCAUCUGCUUCUUGCUCCUAUACUCAGUAUAUGCCCGUAUGUACAAGGGCCUGGUGAUCUACAUCAUCUGGAUCUUUUUCUAUGAAACUGUAAACAUUGUAGUACAAACGCUUACCAAUGAUGAUUCUAACAUUGGAGAGGUCAGAAUCAUGCGCUGGUUUGGUUUGGUGUCCCGUAUAUUGGUGCACUGUUUUUGGAUGUACUUUGUCAUCACCUAUGCCUACAUGAUCUACGAAAAUCAAAGCCAGGGCAAUAUCAUUUCCUACAACAGACGUAUUUCUAUAGGCAGUGAAUUCCCACGGCGGAAAUCAAAGAUAAUACACUUUACCCACCGGCCACUAUAGUGAACGACGUUGGCCCUUUUCCGUGAUAGGCAGAUCUCCCAGGUUCUCAUGGUAGUUCAGUUUCCAUCUCUUUCACUUUUCAGCAAGCAGAGACUCUACUGUCACUCU